AUGGGCCCCCACCAACUAACGCCACCAAAACUCGGAUGCUUACCAAUUCGAGAGACACUCAUCGUUCUCUGUGUUUUCGGUCUAUUUUUUUCCGCGGUAUCAUUGAUACUUCAAGUCCACCAUCCACUGUUCUACGUUGUUUUCGGACUACUCACCAAUUUCUUCGUACUUUUCGGAGUUGUCAAGAAAAACGAAUUCGUGCUCAGAUGGAGUCAACACUUAUGUUUUGUCUGUUUCAUCUUUGGAAUUAUCAUGGUUUGCAUCUUCCCAGUGGUAUUCUCAUGCUAUGUGUCCUCUGGUUUAUUUGUUCAUCGUGAAUUUUAUGGAAUCGAGAGCUUGAGAAAAGCCCAACACUUAGGUUCUUAUGAAAAAUCCGGCAUUGAAAGUGAACUGGCGAUUGGAGAGGAAGCAGAGAGAAUUUUCAAUAAACUUUCCAAGAUGAGAAAUCCAGAGAAAGACGCUCAGAAUCUGUUUGUGGUUGGAAUAAUGGCUGGAAUCUUUGCUCAAAUCGCAAUGAUUUUAGCAAAUGCAUUGAACUACAUGGAAUAUGUCAUGAUCAAACGCUUCAAAGAAUACGUCAUUGCAACGAACGAACUCGAAAGAGCACAGCCAUUGGUUUAA